GCGGGACAUGGCAGGCUCGCAUCAUCGCGGGCUUCGCCACCGCACUAGAGUUCGAGACAGUGAUCGGGACAGCAGCUCCAGCAGGAGCGGAGGAGAGAAACGAGAUGUUCUACAUGCUCAUUCCAGGCGGCGACAGGCUUCUCCACGCCAUUCACAUUGACAUGCUGAGAG